GGAAAAAAACAAGCAAAUCAUACAUCAACAUUGCUUGACUGAUCAUCCCUCUCUCUCUUCUUUCUCUCUCUUUAAAACCCCUCUUCCUCUCCAGGUAUCUUCUGAUCAAGUGUGUGUUCUGCGCUUUUUUUACGUCUGUACGUUCCAGACGUAUAAGAAGUCGAAGUCGAAGGAGAAGAAGAAGAAAAAAUAUGAGCUCUCGAAACAAAAAGAAAGCAGCACUAUAUCAGAAAUUGGAGCAGCUUCGCUCUGCUUCUCAUUCUACUUCUGUGAAUAAAGCAUCGAUCGUGGUGGAUGCAUCAAGAUACAUCGAAGAGUUAAAGGAGAGGGUGGAGACGCUGAAUCAAGAUGUGGCGACUCUACAAAAUUCCAGCCGACAAGACUCCUUGCCUGCGGUGAAAGUGGAAACCCUAGAAAAAGGAUUCCUAAUAAACGUGCUGUCUGAGAAAAACUGCCCCGGUUUGCUUGUUUCCAUACUCGAAGCUUUUGAGGAGUUGGGCCUUGAAGUACUCGACGCUAGGGUUUCUUGUUCUGAUAAUUUCCGUCUUGAAGCCAUUAGUGAGGUAAAAAAACACACACCCACUCUCUCUCCCUCUCCCACAUCCUAUAUAUAUGUAUAUAUCUUUCAUCAGAUGAGAACCCUGCACAUAUUCAUAAAACUCAUGAAUAAGAAAUACCCAGAGUGAACAAUAUUUGAUAUAGUAUAUGAACAAUCACAUUAGUUGAUUUUCAAUUUCGUAUAUGUGUUCUAUACAAUUAUUCACGAUGUGGUCAUCUUUUGUUCAUGUAUUAUAUAUAUAUAUAUAUAUAUAUAUAUUGUAAAUACAUUAUGAAAAAAUAUGGGAUAAAAAAAAUUCUCAUAAAUUCCUCAUUUUGUUUCUCUAAUUUUCUAAAAAAAAAAUUGCCUACAAAAAGGAGGGAUAGGAAUGUGAGUGAUGAGAUUUUAUUUAAUUUGUAGAAAUCGAGGGAAAAGAAAUAAGGGAGUUUGAAAGAGUUCCCCCCCUUUUUUUUAAUGAUUAAUUAACAAUAAAAGAGAACACAGUCAAAGGAUUUAAAUGAGAAGAUUCUUAUUGUAAAAAUUAGAGUAACUUAUAUAUACGUUUAGUGCAAUAAAUUGUAUGUUGCGUACGGAAUUUACUACACUUAACAAUUCUCACUAUAACAAGUUUCUAAUUUAUGCAGAUUAUUAUCGUAACUAUAAGAUUGUUAAAUCCUAGUACACGAAAAGUUUGUGUACUUGAUCAAAUUAAUAAUAAGAUCACGUGCAACCCACAUAAAAUCUGCCUCAUAAUUUGCACCACACACUUUUGUAUAUAAGUCUCUGGUUAUUGUAUUCUGACAAAAAUCUGAUUUGUCAUAGUCUAUAUCUUCUUAUUUUCAUAUCAAUUCUUAAUAUAUAUGCAUGCUUAUAUGUUAUAUAUUUGAUGAGGAAACAAAACAAUUAAAAGGAAAUGAAACUAUAUGCUAACUACAUAUUUUCUUCUAUUAAUUUCUUGAUGAGAGUAGAAUAUCUUAAUAGGAUUCGAACCAAUAAUAUUAGUGUCGUGAUCGAGGUCGCCAGGGGGUGUAUUCGUUGUGGAAUUUGAUGGAUUUCUAUGGAUUUUAAAAGUCUGGGUAUAUUCGUUCAAGACUUUUAAAAGUCUGCAGAAAUCUGGGUGUAUUCGUUCAAGACUUUUAAAAGUCCAUAUAAAUCUAGGUGUAUUCAUUCAAGACUUUUUAAAAUCCAUACAAAUCUAGGUGUAUUCGUUAUUCCAUUGACUUAAAAUCCGAAAUGACUUUCAUGGAUUUCAUCCAAAAAAUACACACGACGAAAUCCGGCCAAGAACCACGAGAAUUGAAAUUCAUGAAGUUUUAAGCGAGCGCUGGAACUCAGCAAUCGUUAAGAGUGUCCAGCGAGCGCUGGGUUCCCAGCGGCCGCUGGGUUGCCGCGGUCGCUGGGCCCAGGCAGCCCAGCCCACCCACGCUUUUUAAAUACAGCUCUUCGAUUUUUUUUCCUCAUUCCACAGAAGCCUACUCCAAAAAUAUACCACAGAAGCAGACUUUGGUUUUCCAGCGCUCGCUGGAACUCAGCGGUCGCUGGGUUUCCAGCGGGUGCUGGGACUCCGCGGGCGCUGGGUCUCUUCUAGCGGGCGCUGGUUUCAUGGAAUUCAAUUCCAAAAUUAUCCCGUAAAGUCUUCGAAAAUCAGUGAAAAUCGGGGUGAAAUCCAACCACGAAUUCUUUGAAAGUCAUUUGGAAUCUAUGUGAAUUCCAUGAAAUUUAAAUUCCAUGGACUUUUUAGUGUUUUAGUAUUACAUUGAAGCAAUAUGCAAUUGAUUUAAUUAUAUUUCCUUGUAAUUAAUUAUUAAUAAUUAAAAAUUGCAGAAUGAAGGGCAGUCUGAUAGCAUAGAUGCUCAGGUGGUUAAACGAGGGGUAUUGCAAGCGAUCAGGAAUUGGAGUGAUGAACAACAUGAUUAAUUAAGUGAAAUCUUGUUUAAUUAUUCUUAUAUAUUAAUUAAUUGUGCUUAAUUUGAUUGUACCUUGUAUAUUUUGAUGAUGUGAAGAAAAGAAGUUCCCAUAUAUGUUACUAAUAUCAACAAAUUUUACUGCAA